GUGUACCGCUUGAGGAACUCGAGUCUCCUCAAGCCUCCCUGUGGGACCCAGGCAGCCUGGAGGAGAAAGCAGCCCUCUCUGAAAUUGUGAGGGGUGGUUCUCUGAAACUUCGGAGAGAACCCAGAAUUUCCAAAGCUGACCUGCGCCUGGCUCACGUGAGCCUAGAGCAGCGGUGGGUGCCAUUACGAGGAGCUGUGAAGCCAGCACUUUUUGAGGGAUGUGCUCGUGCCGUGCUGUGUGCUGUCUGGAGUACGGCAGCUGCCAUGGGUAAACCAGCUGGAUUAAGUGGCAGCGUGUCUGCCUUUUCCACAUACACAGCAGUCACUUCUCUUAACUUCUCAGUUCUUGUGAUUGUUGUGUUCGUGUCUCCCUUCAACCAGGAAAGCACACUGGGCAUUCUUCAUAACUUCUGUGAAGCCUACAAUGUUGGGCUCCUAGAAGCAAAAAUAUUUUCUGGUCCAUCAAGAGGGCAGUUUGGAUAUGCAGUUCAACAGUUUAUAAAUGAACAAGGCAAAUGGUUGUUGGUUGGUUCACCCUGGAGCGGCUAUCCCGCUAACAGAACUGGAGAUAUCUACACAUGUCCUGUUGGUACAUCCAAAACCACCUGUAAAAAGUUGAAUUUGCAAGCUUUAAUAAAUGUUCCAAAUGUGACUGAGAUAAAGGAAGACAUGAACCUUGGCUUGACUCUGAUACAGAACCCAAAAACGGGGGGAUUUUUGACUUGUGGUCCUUUGUGGGCACAGCAGUGUGGAAGCCAAUACUAUGCAACAGGAGUCUGUUCUGAAAUCAGUCCAAGUUUCCAGAUCCUAAGAAGCUUUUCUCCUGCUGUUCAAAAGUGUUCCUCUGUCAUAGAUAUUGUGGUGGUUUGUGAUGAGUCAAACAGCAUUUAUCCCUGGGAUGCAGUGCAGGCAUUUCUGAAAAAAUUUGUACAAGGCUUAGACAUAGGCCUAAACAAAACCCAGUUGUCCAUUUUCCAGAAACAGUUCUGGGAACAAAGACUGGGGCACUGGAAAUCUCUCUCCCAAAGGCUGCCUUCUUCCUUGGGCGACUUUGGAAGUGAGGUGGGUUUAAUUCAGUAUGCUAAUGAUCCCCGGGUAGUGUUCAACUUGAAUACAUAUCAAACAAAGGAUGAGGUUGUUAAAGCAAUGGACAGAACAUACCAGAAGGGAGGAGAUCUGACUAAUACUUUCAAAGCCAUUGACAAUGCAAGACAGUAUGCCUUCUCACCUGAAUCGGGAGGACGUCCAACUGCCACAAAAGUAAUGGUUGUUGUGACAGAUGGUGAAUCACAUGAUGGCUCGAACUUGAAAACAGUGAUAGGUAAAUGCAAUGAAGACAAUAUAACCAGAUUUGGCAUUGCUGUUUUGGGAUACUUAAUCAGGCAUGAACUUGAUACUAAAAACUUAAUUAAAGAAAUCAAAGGAAUUGCUAGUCAUCCAACAGAGAAGUAUUUCUUUAAUGUGUCAUCGGAGGCUGCACUACUGGAAGAAGCAGGAACACUUGGAGAACGCAUUUUUAGUAUAGAAGAAUUGAUGGAUUUAGAAAAAAUAACAUACAGUCACUGUAUAGCUACACUUAUAGGCAUCAGUAUUGGAUCUCUUGUGGGGUUCUCUACGGUUAAUGAUAUGUUGGUUUUGCCAGGUACAGAUCAAGGUGAUACAUUCCAAAUGGAAAUGUCACAGGUGGGCUUCAGUGCAUAUUACUCACAAAAAAAG